AUGCUGCACGAAGGGAAGGAGUACGUGAUUAGGACAACGAACAAAGUCACUGGCACCAUCUACUACAACUGCUGUCAUUUCCGACAAGGCUGCCUUGCAAAGCUGAUUUCGAAAAGAGAACACGUACGCGCUCGCGGUGAGCACAACUGCGAGAAUUUACUGUCGAAACAAGUCGUGGAUGUGCGGUGUGGAAUGCUUCAGCAGCUUCAGCGAGCGGCUCUAGAAUCAGCGUCUGAAGCUCCAUCAAUGGUGUGGGAGCGUGUCCGCUCAGCAUUGAACAACUUACACAAAGGAAGCACGCUGAACGCCAUAUGA